GCCCCAGAGGACCCCUGCCUGCAGCCCCCGCGCCUCUCUCAGGCCCUCUCAGAGCAUGCUGCCUGCAGCCAUGAAGAGCCUCGGCCUGGCACUGCUGGCCUUGCUGCUGUGCCCCUCGCCGGCCCAUGGCCUGUGGUGCCAGGACUGCACCCUGGCCAAUUCCAGCCAUUGCGCCCCGAAGCAGUGCCAGCCGACCGACACCGUUUGUGCCAGCGUGCGGAUCACCGACCCCAGCAGCAGUAAGUCUGGACCUGGCAGGAAGGAUCAUUCUGUGAACAAGAUGUGUGCUUCCUCCUGCGACUUCGUUAAGCGGCACUUUUUCUCAGACUAUCUGAUGGGGUUCAUUAACUCUGGGAUCUUAAAAGUCGACGUGGACUGCUGCGAGAAAGAUUUGUGCAACGGGGCAGCAGCAGUGGGACGCAGCCCCUGGGCCCUGGCUGGGGGGCUCCUGCUGAGCCUGGGGCCCGCUCUCCUCUGGGCUGGGCCCUGAGGCCCCUCCCUCCCUCCCUCCCUCCUGCAGGGCUUUGGAGCUUGUCCCCUGAGCCUCUUGCUGCCCCUCCCCAGCCUGGCCUGGCUAGGGCUGAGACAGCAAGGGCUUGGUAUCAAGGUCUGUGGCUCUCCACCUCCCUAGAUGUGAGCCUUCUCCAUUUCUCCACCAGCUCCAUAUCCCAGGCAGCUGGACAUCUCCAGGAGACCAGACAUCCUGGCAGGAAGCUGGGGUGGGGGGGAGGGUGAGGGCAGGGGACUGGGACCCUCCAGGUCCCCAAGGGGAGGGAGGCUAAGCCAGGGG